GAAUCCUGCUGCUGCUUCCAGUGUGUGUUUGAAUGUGCAUGUGUGAGACACUUAGCUCAGUUCAUUUGGCAUUACGGAAGCGGACAGAUCAGAACCAGAGGGUUUAUUAAUAUGAAAAUCUAAAUUACCCAGAUUAUUAGUAUGAUCGUUUGGAUGUGUAGUGUCUGAUCAGACUCCGAUGCUGGACUGAAAGCCUGCGGAAACUGCGCUUUAAAGUGAUAAAAUGCGCUUUAAUGAUUCUGAGCUGACGUUCAAGAGCUGAAAAUGCGCUUUAACGAAAAGGAGCUGGUGUUCCUGAGCCGCCAGCCGUCAGAGAGAGCGGCCGAGCUGGGCAUGAAAGGCCCGAAGAAAGGAGACGUUGUGAAGAAGCGUCUAGUGAAGCUGAUCGUUAAUUUCCUGUUUUAUUUUCGCACUGAUGAGGAUGAGCCCAUUGGAGCUCUGCUGUUAGAACAGUGUCGGGUGGAGAGAGAAGAUGACCAUGUGUUCUCUAUUGUGUUUCUUGAUGAGGCGGAGAGGAAGUAUUUGUUUGAGUGUGACUCUGAGCAGCAGUGUGUUGAGUGGAUUGAUGCCAUCAUUAAAUCCAGUUAUGAAUGCAUGCGCAAGAAUCUCAUCUACUACCGCACUGAAAUCCAUCGAUUGACUGGCAAGGAUCCUCUGGAGCAGUACGGAAUAUCAGAUGAAACACGUUUUCAGGUCAGCGCUGGUCUUCCUCCUCUGCCUCCACCCCCCACAUAAACAUCAAUAUAAAUGCACACAAAUGUGACCAAGGUCCACGGGUUUUCACAUACAAGCGUCUGCCGUUUGGGGUUUUGUUUGUUUGUUCAGGUUAGUUUUUAUAGUCUGUAAUUAAGACUGUUCAUAUAGAUCACUGUACAUUCUGACCUCUAUAAUCUUUGAGUUAUAUGUCUAAUGGGGGUCGUGGGAAAGUACUGUAGUUAAUAUUACUGUAAUGAAUGUCUGCUGAGUUUGAGCCAAUUGCAAUUAAAGUUUUUUAUAUAUAUAUAUAUAUUAUCAAGGUCAUUGUUAAUGCGAGAAAACCUUGAAUUGUAUCUGUUGCUCUCGCAAGCAAGAAUUUAUUUCCGCACCUUUUAUAACUCAUGCCUUCCAGCGAAUCAUGUGAAAUUUGUGGCUUUUAAGAGUUUUUACAUGGUUUCAAUAGAACGUUUCAGCAGCUUUGAUUUUGUGCCUCCGAAGCUGUUGAGCUGUGGAGAUAUAGAGGUGAAACUCACAAAAACAUGUUCUGGUCACAUUUCAUCCCAAAAUAGAAUGCAUAGAAAAUGAAGUAUUACAUACUUAAAUACACGUAAACUGUAAUACCAAUUAUUAAAUGUUUAAAACUAUGAUCAUCUAAACAAAGAGUGAAAUAAACAUUUUAAUAUUUAUUGUGUGAAAAUGAUUAUCAAAGUUUAACCCUUUACUAAAAUCGCAGAUUCUCCUGAACUGAGAUCAGUCGGUUUAAAUGAAUUUAAAUUAUAAAUUGCGUAUAGCAAAGCCAAAAUACAACAUCCACGCAUGUGGACGUGGGGUCGCAUGAGGUUAAGUAUACUUAAAAAAAUCUUUUGAUUUUGGGAUGAAAUAUUCAUGGUAGAUAUUUAGAAACCUUGGCUUCUUGCUCAGAUGGUGAUUUGGCAAAUAUUUAUCAAGUCUUCAUUCAGAGUUUGACGUUGGUGAAAAAGCGGCAGCUUUAAUUAAACAAUUAAAUCAAUUAAAGUGUUUUCAAAAAUGAGAUAAAAUCUCUUCAUAAGGGAGGAAGUCCCAGACAAUAUAAAUCUGUGGCUUUCUGAAAGAUGUUGUUUAACUGGUUGGAUUAUUAUUCGUUACGAUCUCGUGCAUGAAAAGCAAAUGGGGAAACAACUGUUUUACUGUCAAUAUGGAUACAGAUUACUUUUAACAUGCAGUGCCUGUAACUUUAUACUUAAAGGUGCUGUAAGCAAUUUAAAAAAAAAUGUUUAUGGAAAAGUAUGCAAAAAAUGUUCCUACUCCCUGAAAGAUGUUCAUGAAAUAAGUGUCGUGAGAUAUCUCACCGGUCUCUCUGACAGAUCUAGACUCACUAAAAAUGUGUCAGCGGACAUUGACGCUUUCGACCUGUCAAUCAUUUUGCGCGUUCUCAUAGUAUUGUAGUUGCAGCGAAUUAUUGAGGCUUAAUGCCAUUUUUAUGCCAUGUUAUUCAUAACAGUUGCCAGUUGAGGGCGCUAUUUUGCUGCUGUUGUUUUUUUAACAACCGUUUCUGCUCGUGUCGGUCUCAAUAAAGCUCAUUUGGUCUCUUUUGAAUGCUGGGUUUUGGAAAGAGGGGGCGUGGCUAAUCCAACGGCUCAGCUGAAAUCGCUUACAGCACCUUUAAAAGAGUGAAAACAUUUCAGUCCAUCUGAGAUUCAAAUGCAACUAUGAAUGUUUUGAGCUUUCAUGCAGUCCUUCUACAAUUUAGACUUAAAACUCAUAAUUUAUGUUCUUCAUUUCAAAAUCUUUAAAACAAUCUUGUAUAUUUUUUUUAAAAAUAAAUCCCUGUUGAACAAGA